CACGUGAUCGUCCAAUGUGGUUUCUCUUUCACUUUGGCAGGCAAAAACUAAUUGCCCUAAUUACAGUGUUGACAUUGCACUUUACUGAUUGUUUUGAUACUGAAACAUGUGGAAUGUCUUGUCAACAGCCAUCAACGGCCGUAGUUGUGUACGAUGAGAGCAAAUUGUCCCCAUUGGUCAAGACGUCCAGGACUUUCAAUUUUGUAAAUACAGAACUUGUGAUCAAACAAGAUUGGGGAAAUUUAGGAGUUGCAGCAGUUGUAUGGGAUGCUGCAAUAGUUCUUUGUGAGUUCAUAGAAAAGCAUAAAGAAGAAUUCAAAAACAAAGAAGUUAUAGAGCUUGGAGCAGGAUCAGGAAUUGUUGGCAUUGUAACAGCAUUGAUUGGAGCUAAUGUUGUUAUCACAGACAGGGAACAAGUCUACCGCUACCUAAAACAUGUUGUAAAGGAUAAUCUUAAAGACAAAGAAAAUGUCAAAUAUUCAGUAAAAAUCUUAGACUGGACGAGAGACCUUCAUAAAUUUCCACAGAAGUACGAUAUAAUUCUAGGAGCUGAUGUCAUCUAUGUGGAGGAAGUGUUUGAUGCUUUGUUAGCAACACUACAACAUCUCAGCCAUGAUGAGACGAAAAUAUAUUUGUCAUGUAAAUUACGAUAUGAUCGUGACACAAGAUUUUUAGAUAUGGUUCAGAAACACUUUUCGUUAAAAGAAGUUCUGCAUGACAAGGAUAAAGAUAUUAAAAUUUUCCUAUGUAAAAAAAUUAAAGUAUUGAGCUAAAUGUCAUAAAUGU